CAGGAUGGCUUCUUUUGGAUGGAAGAGAAAAAUUGGCGAGAAGGUCUCAAAGGUCACUUCCCAGCAGUUUGAAGCUGAAGCUGCUGAUGAGAAGGAUGCGGUUGAGAAUGAUGAUGGCAACUGGCUUCACGCCAUUAAACGUAGGAAGGAAAUUCUCCUUGAAGACUGUGCUGAGAAAAGUAAACAGUUGAAGGAUGAAGGAGCCAAUUUGGCUGAAAAGAAAAGAUACCAGGAGGCAAUUCAGAAAUGGGAUGAAGCACUUCAGUUAACCCCAAAUGAUGCUACCCUGUAUGAGAUGAAAUCACAGGUCCUGAUGUCUCUUCAUGAAAUGUUCCCUGCAGUGCAUGCAGCGGAAAUGGCUGUUCAGAGAAAUCCACACUCAUGGGAGUCUUGGCAAACUUUGGGACGUGCUCAGCUUGGAUUAGGAGAAAUAGUCUUGGCAAUUCGAAGUUUUCAAGUAGCCCUUCACAUCUAUCCAAUGAACCCUGAAAUAUGGAAAGAAGACCUCUCUUGGGCAAGAAAACUCCAUGAGCAGCAAAAGGUUGCACAGAGGAUUGAAAAAAGCGAAGCGUCGGCAGAAGUAACACAUUUCUCACCAAAGUCAAUUCCUGACUAUGACUUUGAAAGUGAUGAGAUUGUUGCUGUUUGUGCUGCUAUUGCUGAGAAACAGAAGGCCGUUUCAGCCAAUAAAACCAUGGUUAUUGUGUCUGCUUCCGGGACAGUAGAGACCGUAACUGAGAAGGAAGAAAGUGCUACCACCCCAGAUGGCUCUGUUUUUAUCAAAGCCCGAUGAAGCAGUAUGCAUACCAUGAAUUAUUUGAGUGUGUGUUUGUGGUUAUUACGUAAAUAAUAUUUAGACAUAGGGACAUUUACUCUGGAGAAAUGGGGCAAAACUCCUGCUUGUAGUAAAAUAAGUUUUUCAGUGAGGAAUAUAAAGACUAAAUGGUAGAGCUAUAUUGUGUAAUAUUUGGACUGUGCAUAAUAUGUUAUGGCUUAUAUUUGUUAAGAUAAAAAUCUGAGUAAAAUGGUUUUGAUUUAUUUAAUUUAAU